GGAAGUGCGUCAGAGGAGGCGCGGGGAGAGUAGGGCGCUGUGGUCGGAGCUGGAGGGCGAAGCCGGUGGAGUGAGAGGAUGGGCGUAUGCAGGUGAUAGACUAGAGACCAAGACUUCUGUCUCCGUAGCAUCCUGGAGCAGUCUGAAUGCCAGAAUGGAUAACCGUUUUGCUACAGCGUUUGUGAUUGCUUGUGUGCUUAGCCUCAUUUCCACCAUCUACAUGGCAGCCUCCAUAGGCACAGACUUCUGGUAUGAAUAUCGAAGUCCGAUUCAAGAAAAUUCAAGUGAUUCGAAUAAAGUAGCCUGGGAUGACUUCCUUGGUGAUGAGGCAGAUGAAAAGACUUACAAUGAUGCCCUGUUCCGAUAUAACGGCACGAUGGGACUGUGGAGACGGUGUAUCACGGUACCCAAAAACACGUACUGGUAUGCUCCACCAGAAAGGACAGAGUCAUUUGACGUGGUUACAAAAUGCAUGAGUUUCACACUAAAUGAACAGUUCAUGGAGAAAUAUGUUGAUCCUGGGAACCACAAUAGUGGAAUUGAUCUGCUUCGGACCUAUCUUUGGCGUUGCCAGUUUCUUUUACCUUUCGUUAGCUUGGGUUUGAUGUGCUUCGGGGCUCUGAUUGGACUUUGUGCCUGUAUCUGCCGCAGCCUGUAUCCCACCAUUGCCACGGGCAUCCUCCAUCUCCUUGCAGGUUUGUGUACACUGGGCACUGUGAGUUGUUAUGUUGCUGGCAUUGAACUACUCCACCAGAAACUAGGGCUGCCCGAGAAUGUAUCUGGAGAAUUUGGAUGGUCCUUCUGCCUGGCCUGCGUCUCGGCUCCCUUACAGUUCAUGGCAUCUGCUCUCUUCAUCUGGGCUGCGCACACCAACCGGAAAGAGUACACCUUAAUGAAGGCCUAUCGCGUGGCAUGAAUGGGAAGCAGCCUGCUUGAUGAUUUUUAAUAUUCUUUUUACUAUUGAGGUUUUCCCUUGCCGUCCUCUCAAUCGUCUUUAAAUUUUAUUUUUGUGGAUAUGCCAUUUUAUCCUAAAAGUCCAUUUUGUUUAUAUACAGUGCCACUAAAUGCACAGUAAAUACCACUUAAAAUAUGUGUGGCUUCCUUUGAGUGAUUCAGUCUUUUCACCAGACUGUUCAGACAGAACUGUAGAGAUACAACCCAGCUUUGUGAAGGAGCAUUGGCAAUAGAAAACUGACCCAGCACAGGGCCUGCUGAUGUCUGCUAAGUUCAGUAGUGUAGGACUGUGUUGACUAGAAACUAAUUUCUCCGUGAGAUCUGUUAUCACUCUUGAAACUUCAUGUUUACUUUCCUGUUGUUGAUACCAGUCAGCUAGCAGAACAGUGUUCCGAAAGAUGCGUGAACAUAAAAUUGGGAAAUUAUUUUUAGCAUCCUUGUCCUGAAACUUCGGUACAUUGCUUCAUCAGAGAUAAAAUAUGGCAGCUGUUUAUACUGUGAUUGUCUACAAGAAAAAAAAAAGUGAAAAAUGAUGUUUACUUGAAAUUGUAGCUUUUAACUGCAAAAUUUCAAUUCAAUGAGAAAAGCUGUUUAAUCUUGCUACUAUACUUUCUUUAUUAAAAAAAAAAUCUGAAAUUCAUUAGGAUUUCAGUGUCACCAAACCAUUGUAAAUUUUUGCUGCUUCCCCUCCACACACCAGGCUUAUUAAAGAGUAAUUUCUUUUUAACAGAGAAGAAUCACAGUCAAUUCCCCAACUGCUUUUUUUCAGCGAAGUACUAUAUGGGAGGUCCUACCAAUAGGGACCCCCAGAGCUGGGGGUUCCACCACCACAAGACCUAAAGCUUUGGCUACCCACUAACUUCCAACGGUGGUCUUUAUUUCUUGUGGUGAAAUGAUGUGCCUUUCCUUGCCCAAAUUCCUUCCUGGUGUGUACCAACACUAUCUAAUGUCUUCUGAUUCAGUCAUUUUUUUAUAAUAUGUCUGUAAACAUUGAACUUUAAAAAUCUUAUUUAUUUACUCCAUUAUUGUAGCAUUUCACAGAUUUAAAAAAAAUGUAAUUCAAUAAUUUCUUACCAAAUCCUAAAUCUGUCUUUUUUUAAAAAAAAUAAAAAAAGAAAAUUGUGUAGAGUGUGUAAAUUGCUUUAGGUCUCAGCAUGUUGGGCUUAAAAAUGGGGAUGACUGUAGGAGAUGAAUUAUACAUGUGUUUGAGUCUGUAUAUUAGCUACUUUUUGUUGACCAUGACCAAGGAAUUUUAGGGCAGAAAGUAUAUUUUGGCUUACAGUUUAGAGGCAGAGUCCAUAAUGGCAGAAGACUACUGGAGCAGGAGGCUGAGAAAUCACUUCUUGGGCUGCAGACAGGAAACGCAGAGGGAGAAUGAACUGAAAGGUAAGGCUGUAAACCAAAGCCCACCCGUCGUAGUAGUGCUUCCUUCAGCACGCACCAGCUCCUGAAGGCUUCAUUACCUUUCAGACAGCCGCGGGGACCAGUGCUCAGAGAUGUGAGCCUGUAGGGGAUGCUCUUCAAACACUGCAGUCUGUUGCGGAAACUGGAUAAAAAACCCUUUCCUCAUUAGAAAACCAAGUGUCUUCAUGAAACAUGUUUCUGAACUAGGUCUGGGAUCUCUUCAUAUUACAUUUGAUGUGGU